AUGAUUUACCAUUCCGAUGUCCCAGCGGCUGCGGCUGCCUUCAACCUGAUCCAGAUAUUGCAGGUCAUAGGCGCGUUUGUCACCGCUUCGGCGUUAACGGUCCUCGCUUCACUCCUUGGCUUGUUUCUCGAUCUAAAGAGACCGCAACCGAUACCACAUCCUGGGAUGGCGAAACCUGUCGCAUACAAUCGAGUUGAUGACCGAUGGACCGAGUAUAUUGAUCGACUUCAUGCCAAGUACAUGCCAACAAUGAAACUACCAUAUGGUCAGGACUUCUGGUUCCAAGUCUUUUAUAGGUUCGCCCUCUCAUUGAGCGACACCCAGCUGGUAUCUGGCUUGGCAGUGAUUUCCACCGCUUUGAUUCGCAUGGCUACGGGCGAGCUGUCGACGUAUCAUUUUAACAUCAUACAAGAUCUCGCUUGGCUAUCCAACAACUCGCACCUGCUCAGCUUACACCUCAUUCGCGCAUGGAUCGAGCAGCAGGAGCAGUCACACCCAGCCUCGACCACUCUGCAGGCAAGACACGCAUCACAACUCGGGGCAUACUUUGGCCUGCGCAUGACGCGUUUCGUGCUCAUGAGCGUUAUGCUCGCUUUGAUGCUGACGAUCGUCAUCUUUAGCGGAUCCCGCUGGAUGUACUCUUACUUCGAAUGUCCUGCAUCGUGUACGGCAUUUCGCUGGCCUGGUAGUACCUCGGAGGCCGGUGGGUCACCGCAGCAAUGGAUGAUCACCAAUAUCGUCUUGCUUAGCUGGGCAUACUCAAGCACCAUGGUCUACCUGCUAGGGCCAACUGCUGAGUCCUGGCGCCAAGUCAAGCAUGCGGCUCGUCCAGUGUUGGUGAAGCUGGAUCGGCGCUUAUUGGACGGGCUGCAAUACCUAUGGGACUUCUUCGGAUCUACGCUGUUCGAAUCAGCGUUCCAAAUUACGUGGUUUGGCCUUGGUGUACAUUGGCUCACCGACGAUUGGAGGUCUGGUCAGCGACUGCUUCAACAUCCGGCAGAUAUUCCCGGCUAUCUAGAUUGCGAGCCAAUCAUGGGCGGCGAGGCCGGUUGGGGUUUUGGCCAAGUGUUUCCCCUUUUCAUGCUUCUUCUGCCGCUGAUGACUUUACUUGAGGCAUUCGAAGAUGAAAAACGGGCGCUGCCACCUCCGGCAUCACACGCCCAUUGUGGCAAAUUCACACAACCUAGAAACAGUCUCCACUACCUGGACAAGUAA